UCGCUUUUGUCAUCCAGGCAGUCUGCGUCUCCCGCUGAGUGUUUAAGCCGAUUAUGAAUUUCUUGUGCACGGGAAUCAGCUCUUGCUUUUAUGAGAACGUGUGCCCGUGCGGACAGGCAGAGUGUGCGGGCAUCCAGCACGUCUCGGUCAACGCCGCCUCGCAGCCUCAGCCGCAGCCCCAGCCCCGCCGCGCCGCUCCCAUGGCCCCAGCCUGCGCCUCGCCUUUCCUCAAACCCUUCGCCCUGCGCUACUCCGUGGCUUCCAGCCCCCGCGGUCGGAGACGCCACACGCUGCCGGCCAGCGAGUUCCGCAACCUCACCCUGGAGGAUGCCAUCAGCGUGUUCGAGAUCGAGAGAGAAGCUUUUAUCUCUGUCUCUGGAGAGUGUCCUCUGCACAUGGACGAAGUGAGACAUUUCUUGGAGCUGUGCCCCGACUUGUCCCUGGGCUGGUUUGAAGAGGGGAGGCUCGUCGCCUUUGUAAUCGGUUCAGGAUGGGACAAGGACAAACUAUCGCAGGAUGCCAUGACUAUCCACGUUCCAGGAGGUUCGACUGUCCACAUCCAUGUCUUGGCUGUUCACCACAGAUGCCGCCAGCAGGGCAAAGGUCCCAUCAUAUUGUGGAGAUACUUGCAAUACCUACGCUGUCUACCCGCAGUCAAACGAGCUGUUCUCAUGUGCGAAGACUUCUUGAUUACAUUCUACCGGAAAGCAGGAUUUAAAGAGCGUGGACCUUCUGACAUCGCAGUGGGUUCCCUCACAUUUACGGAGAUGGAAUACGUUCUCGGAGGUGGCGCUUACCUGCGGAGAAACAGUGGUUUCUGAGUCAUGUCCAGUCGAGUCACAUAGAUUAGUCUUUCUCUCCCUCGAAACGGCCGUCUUCAAUUUCUCCACAUUAUUUUUGCCGUUCACAUUAAACUUCAGCCUGUAACUUCAA